AUUCCAUUUACCUAAAUUGUUCAAUUCGGACGCAUCUUUCAAUUCUUGCUUUAUUUGACAUGCGAGCACCGGAAACCGCGCAAACGCCCUGCGGGGCAGCAUCUUCUGAGUCAUUUGCUCUCCCUAGCAUUGGCACCUGUUCAGGCUUGAGAAUUAAUACCACUGCAUCAAGCUUCUUCUAUACACCACUGUUAAAGCUUUGAUUUGAUUUUAGAUUGGCUAGCCUUGGAGUUCCCAAUUGACCAAAAAUCCAGAUACGAGUCUAUUCACCUAUUCCUUCGAUCGCAAUGACGUCCUUUCCGAAAAAGAAGUGCGGUGUUCUCGGUGCCACCGGCUCCGUGGGCCAAAGGUUCAUCCUUUUGCUCGCCGACCACCCUUUCCUAGAGCUUCACGCCAUCGGCGCAUCGAGUCGCUCCGCCGGCAAGCAGUACAAGGAUGCCGUGAAAUGGAAGCAGACUACUGCCAUGUCUGAGAAGCUCAGCGGUCUUGUGCUGCGGGACUGCAAGGCCGACCAGUUCAGUGACUGCGACCUUGUGUUCUCUGGUUUGAACAGUGACAUUGCGGGUGAAGUUGAGAUGGAAUUCAUCAAGGCUGAAAUCCCCGUCUUUUCCAACGCCAAAAACUACCGCAAGAACCCCAUCGUCCCCCUCGUCGUCCCUACCGUGAACCCCCAACAUCUGGAUUUGAUUCCUCACCAAAGGAAGCACUUUGGCUUGAAAAAGGGAUUCCUGGUUUGCAACUCGAACUGUGCCGUUAUUGGUGUUGUCAUUCCGUUCGCAGCGCUCCAGGCCAAGUUCGGCCCCGUUGAGGAAGUUGAGGUCUUCACGGAGCAGGCUCUGUCUGGCGCUGGAUACCCUGGAGUUCCCAGCAUGGACAUUCUGGACAACGUCAUCCCGUUUAUCAGCGGCGAGGAAGACAAACUGGAAAACGAGGCCCAGAAGAUCCUGGGAUCCUUGAACGGAGACGCUACCGCUUUCGACGAGCAGGCUGGCCUCAGAAUCGGAGCUACGUGUACCCGUGUGGGAGUUACCGAUGGCCAUAUGGCUUUCGUGUCGUUGCGAUUCAAGAACCGCCCGGGUCCUAGCGCCGAACAAGUUGUGCAGGCGAUGAGAGAAUAUCAGUCCGAGGCGCAGAAAUUGGGCUGCCCUUCGGCACCCAAGGAGGCUAUCAAGGUGUUCGACGAAGCCGACAGACCGCAGCCCAGACUCGAUAGAGACAUCUCCGGUGGGUAUACCGUCAGCGUGGGGCGGGUACGUGAAGGCGCGCAGGGUGGCUACUUCGACCUCAGAUUCGCGGCCCUCUCGCACAACACCGUCAUCGGCGCUGCUGGAUCUUCGAUCCUCAAUGCUGAGGUGGCUGUCAUCAAGGGCUACAUCUAAAACAAGCCUGACCAAAAUUUGCAUAUAGCGGCCAGAAAGGGCAUUGACAUCACUAGUAACGAGAUCUAGAGUCCAAUGAAGAUAGAACCCAUAUACACCCGCGAACAGG